GAAUUGAAAAUUGCUUGCACAGAUGCUUUGGCAGGCAAAAAAAAUACACAAGAAAUUGGCGUUGAAAAAGUGGACAAAUCAUUAGUUGCAAACUUCGAAAUACUUAACUUAGUUCCUGAACGUAGCAUCAAAGAAAAUGAGACUGAUAUCACAACAAUAUCAAACAUGAAAUGGAAGCGGGUUGGCUUAGUGUCUGGGAGAUCGGUGAGAUUGGACACUAUCAUUUGGCCUGGGGGAGACUUAUCAGUGGCUGCAGUAUCGUCAAGAGCAAGAACAGUUUUUAGAGUGGUUACGGCUCUGGCUCCACCAUUUGUCAUGGAAGGCGAAUUGGAUGAGGAUGGCCAAUGUCUUAGAGGUCUGCCAUGUCAUCGAGUUCUUACAUCGGAUAAGGAUAAUUUAACAUUAGUUUUUAAUGAAAUGCAGAGAUUGGAAGAAGAAGAAAAUGAGGAAAGUGAAAAUGAAGAAAAUAUGCAGAACUCUGAUUACGCUAACAUUCCUAAUGAUUAUAUUGAUGAAGAUCGUUUUUUUCCCUUUCAAAAAUUUAAAUACAAAACUAAUUGUUGCUACGGAUUAUCCAUGGAUCUUUUAGAAAAUAUUGCACAGGAAUUGGAAUUUGAUUUUCGAUUAUAUAUUGUUGCUGAUGGGCUUUAUGGUUCUAGAAGUAUUAUUAAAACGAAUAAAACCAAAAGAGAUGUUGGCAAAAAGUUUUUAAGUUAUAGGCUAUCACAUCUUUAUUUUAAUGUUUGUUUUAGAUUCAAGGACGGCUUAGUAAAAACUGAAAGAGAAGUUGUAUUUGAAAGCGAUGAAAUAAAAAUUAAAUGGAAUGGGGUAGUUGGAGAUUUAGUUUCUGGAGCAGCACAUAUGUCUUUUGCUGCUUUAAGCGUUUCCAGUGUACGAAGUGAAGUAAUUGAUUUUAGUGCGCCCUACUUUUUUAGCGGAGUAUCGUUUAUAGCCGCCCCUCAGCAGAAAUCGGAAAUUCCCCUUAUGGCAUUCCUACUGCCGUUCUCCCCGGAAUUAUGGAUUGCAAUCUUUACAAGUUUGAAUAUAACAGCAAUCGCCGUAGCUAUCUACGAGUGGCUAUCGCCUUUUGGACUGAAUCCCUGGGGGCGUCAGAGAUCGAAAAACUUUAGCAUGAGUUCAGCGCUUUGGGUAAUGUGGGGCUUACUUUGUGGACAUCUUGUUGCGUUUAAGGCACCUAAAAGUUGGCCCAAUAAGUUUUUAAUUAAUGUUUGGGGCGGAUUUUCUGUAAUUUUUGUUGCAAGCUAUACUGCUAAUAUUGCUGCCUUAAUAGCUGGUUUGUUCUUUCAAAAUACAGUCAGUAAUUACCACGACCGAAGUUUAUUAAGUCAAAAAGUUGGAGCUCCAAGGGCUUCUGCUGCAGAAUAUUAUGUACAAAAGGCCAAUCAACAUCUUUGGCAACACAUGAAUAGAUUUUCUUUAUUAAACAUAGAAGAAGGAGUGGAAAGGUUAAGAAAUGGCUCAUUGGAUAUCUUAAUAGCGGAUACUCCAAUUCUCGACUAUUAUAGAGCUACAGAUCAUGGUUGUAAACUUCAAAAAAUAGGAGAUACUAUUAAUGAAGAUACUUAUGCAAUUGGUAUGACGAAAGGAUUUCCAUUAAAAGAUAGUAUAUCAGCAGUUAUUGCCAAGUAUUCAAGUAAUGGCUAUAUGGAUAUUUUACAACAAAAAUGGUAUGGUGGUUUACCAUGUUUUAAAUUGGCAACAGAUAUUGCCCAACCUAGACCUCUUGGAGUGGCUGCAGUUACAGGCGUUUUUAUUCUCUUAGGCGUUGGAAUGGCAUUGGGACUAUUAAUAUUACUAGUUGAACAUUUAUUUUUUAAAUAUACAUUACCAUUAUUAAGAGACAAACCAAAAGGUUCAAUUUGGAGAAGUAGGAAUAUAAUGUUUUUUAGCCAGAAGGAACAUGAACAACGUAGAAGAAGAAAAAGUAAAGCCCAGUUUUUUGAAAUGAUCCAAGAAAUAAGAAGGCAGCAGCUAGAGGAUCGAAAACCUCAGUUAGAAUCUGUAACUGAAGUGGAUUUGGAAUACCAAUUAUCUCCAGAAGAUAAGAAGUUAAGAUUAAGCCCCAGCAUUAUAAAACGAACAUUUAUGAGAUCCAGUCCAAAGGCUGAUAAUGUAAAAAUAAAGUCACCAACUACCCUUUUUAAUAAACAACUUUUUAGUCCUCGAUCGAAAAAUAAAACUAAAAGCCAAACAUCGCUUAAUGUGCGAAGGUUUAGUACUGACAGUAUCUUUAAUUCUCAUACGAUAGAUCAUAGCACAUUGGUAGGAAGAAGAUUAAGCAAAGAUGCUUCAGCUUUUUUAUCAAGUAGUCCACCCGAUAUAAAUAGUCGAAGAUCUAGUUAUUUAGAUAUAAUCAAUUCAGGAAAUAAACUAGGAGGAAAAAGUCCUGUUUUAUCCAUAGAGAAUAUAUCAGAUUCUAGUUCAAGGGCGUCUGAACCAUUAAGGAAACUUUCUGAUUCAGAAAGUAUUGGUAAAAAACUAGCCACGUUUCCAAAAUAUAAAGAUCCUAUAAAUAAACAACGACUUCACCCGCAACAUAGUUUUGGGACAUUGGGAAGAAGCGAAGAACCUUUAGAUACGUCCGAGAUUCAUUCUGUCUCAGUACCAUCGGCACAAGGUGUUAAUAAUAUUUGUGAAACAACUAACGAGGAUAAAUGUAAUUUAUCUGAUAAUGAAAUUGCUAAGAGAAAUAAAGUUACUAUAAAGGAAUUGCAAUUUCAAAUUAAUAAAAAUAAUGGAAAACAGUUAAGAGACAAUAAGGCUCAACUAAACAUGAAUCCUCAAAUUCGUAUUCAAGUGGAAGAUACAACUAAGUCAGAAUAUAGUCGGCAUCCGCCUUUAACCCGUAGAAACAAAACAAGACAUCAAAGUUUGGGAGAACCUGCCAAUACAAAUCCUCCUGAACCAAAAAAACGAAGUAAGCUAAAAGAACAAUCAAAAUCACUGGAUAGCAAUACGUCUGAAAAGCCUUUAAGAUCUCGCACAAGAAUCCGUGUUGAAGAUCUACCUCCAGCACCUCCUCCACCAAAUUGUUCCCCCAGAAACUCAAACGGAAAAUCACCUUUGGAAAGGUUAUCUAAAGAUGAAUUGGUUCUACUUUGGAAAAGUUCAGAAUCGGAACUAAGGAGUCACCUCUUAAAAGCAAUAAGGGAUAAGGAAGAACCUUCAGAUCCUACUUGAAUAAAAAUUAUUCAAAUUUAAUGAUUUUCAAAAAAUAUUUGUGCCAAACUUUGGCAAAUAACAUUCAUACAUACCUAAAUUAGGAUUAUGAUAAUUAAAUUAUGACAAAAACUAGCAUAAUUUAAGUCUUU